AUUUAUUUUCUCACCUUCUUUUACAGAAUUCUUAUACAAAAAAAAAACAGAGAGGCUUUACCAAAAACCAGAAGCAUAACAUAAAAAGAAGACAAGAAAGAAAGGAUUCCCAAACAUCUUCUUCUGGGAUUUUGUUGCCUGCAAAUUAAAGCAAGAAGCUUUCUUUCUCUCUUUUCUUUGUUGCUUCUCAAUUUCCUCUUCUUCUUCUCUUCAACAAAAAGAGAAGAAAGAAGGGAACAUAAAUUGCUAAACCUUAUAUAUUCGUCCGAGCCAAAUAAAAUCACCAAUUUUAACUAAUUUUUUCCCCCAAAUUCCUAGCUUCGGGAGGAUUAAAGGUUUUGAAUUUAAUAUUUUUUUCAUUAAUUUCAAGAAUUUAAUUGAAGAAUGUUGGUCUCAAAUUCUUUUGAUUUAUGGCAAACGGAUUCUUUUUUCUCUGCUGCUGAGGAGGUCCAAGAAUCUGCAGACAUUUUGGAGUCAGCUUAUCGUACAUGGAUUAAACAGAAGAGAGAAGGGUUAGCUUCGAAUGAUUUAGAUGAACUUCGUCGAGAGGUUCAAACUGCUCUAGGCACUGCGAAAUGGCAGCUUGAAGAGUUUGAGAGAGCUGUCAGCUUAAGUUAUGGAAAUUGCCGUGAUCAGAACAAAAUGGCUCGGCACCAACAAUUUGUUGUUGCCAUUGAAAGCCAGAUUUCGCGGGUCGAAGAUACAUUGAGAGAGACAUUAAAUGAAGAAGGAAAGCAACCAUUUCGAUGGGUGAAUUUGAAUGAAGAUGAACGAGAUGAUCUAGCUAUGUUCCUCUCGGGUUCUUCUGGAACAUUUACAAAGAACGCAAGUGAUAAAAUUGUGAAACCUUCCACUGGUUUGGUGGAGAAGAACCUAUAUAAGAAAAAAGAUUUGGACUAUGCUGCUUGUAGCAGUAGUUCAACUACCUUGAGAGAUGAUGUUGUCAUCAACAUAGGGCAACCUAAUUCUCUCUUAGAACUUAGUGCAAGGGAAGUACUAGGGACAAAAGGGGAUAUGAACUGUGAAGCGGAGAGAACGCGCAGUGCAAAGAGGACUCGUGUUUCACCAAACUCAGGUGCAUUGAAGAUUGUGAUUCCUAAUGCAGAAAAUGAAAUGAGGGCUCUUGGGUCAACCAUUGAGGCGACACCAAAGGAAAAAGGCUCCAAAACUUCAAGUUUACUUCAAUUUAGAGGAAUUAAUUGCAUCAAUAAGCUUUUUAAGUGCUCCAAUGGUUUGAAUAGUGGGAUGCAAAGCUCAAAACGAUUACAGUUCAAAUCUUCCAUGCGACUCAUAAUCAUAUUGAUGGUAUCAUUUUUCCUGCUUGUGCCCUAUUUUCUUCAAUCAAGCUAAAAGAAAUGUUACCAUUGCCUAGAAGAACAAACAAUAGGUGUGUGUAGAUUCUUCCACAUGGAAGAGAGGAUUUAUAAGUAUCCUAUGUGUAAGGCCAAGCUGUCUGAUUUGGUUCACAUAUCCUGUCAUAAUCAAAGGGCCUUCACCUUUUUCUUAUUAUUUGAUGGUGGUUAAAGAAUACCACUUAGUUUAGGUCACAAAAUUGACUUGUUAUGUUACUUAUUUUUAUCUUUUGCCAGUUAGUUUUGUAAAUAAACUAGUUCUUGUUCCGGACAAUACGCCUCGGAUUAUUUACCAACGUGCAUUUGAAGUCUUCAAAUUAAAUGAUAUUUCCCUCACAAAGACCAA